UCGCCUCACGCCGGCCCAAGAUGGCGGCGGCGCUAGAGGCCCCGGGCCUGUGACUACAAAAAGGGAGCCGUGGCCGGACGGGAGCGCGGCGGCGGCAGAGGACCAGGCCGGGUCCCCUCCCCUCAACCUCCCGCCCUCCAACGCCCGCCCGCCCCGCCCCCGCCGGCGGCGCCCCGCCCCUCCCCCAACCGCUUGACUAGCAUGGUGCGGCGGUCGCGGGCGCCGACAUGGGGGAGAAGCUGGAGCUGAGGCUCAAGUCGCCCGUGGGGGCCGAGCCCGCCGUCUACCCGUGGCCGCUGCCGGUCUACGACAAACACCAUGAUGCUGCUCAUGAGAUCAUUGAGACCAUCCGAUGGGUCUGUGAGGAAAUCCCAGACCUCAAGCUCGCUAUGGAGAAUUACGUCCUAAUCGACUACGACACCAAAAGCUUCGAAAGCAUGCAGAGGCUCUGUGACAAGUACAACCGGGCCAUUGACAGCAUCCACCAGCUGUGGAAGGGCACCACGCAGCCCAUGAAGCUGAACACGCGGCCGUCCAACGGUCUCCUGCGGCACAUCCUGCAGCAGGUCUACAACCACUCGGUGACAGACCCUGAAAAGCUCAACAACUACGAGCCCUUCUCCCCGGAGGUGUACGGGGAGACCUCCUUCGACCUGGUCGCACAGAUGAUUGACGAGAUCAAGAUGACUGAGGACGACUUGUUUGUGGACCUGGGCAGUGGAGUGGGCCAGGUCGUGCUGCAGGUCGCCGCGGCCACCAACUGCAAACAUCACUACGGCGUCGAGAAAGCCGACAUCCCAGCCAAGUACGCGGAGACCAUGGACCGAGAGUUCAGGAAGUGGAUGAAAUGGUACGGAAAAAAGCAUGCAGAAUACACACUGGAAAGAGGCGAUUUCCUCUCGGAAGAGUGGAGAGAGCGGAUCGCCAACACAAGUGUUAUAUUUGUGAAUAACUUUGCCUUUGGUCCUGAGGUGGAUCACCAGCUGAAGGAGCGAUUUGCAAACAUGAAGGAAGGUGGCAGAAUCGUGUCCUCGAAGCCCUUCGCACCUCUGAACUUCAGAAUAAACAGUAGAAACUUGAGUGACAUCGGCACCAUCAUGCGCGUGGUGGAGCUGUCACCGCUGAAGGGCUCGGUGUCAUGGACGGGGAAGCCAGUGUCCUACUACCUGCACACCAUCGACCGCACCAUACUUGAAAACUAUUUUUCUAGUCUGAAAAAUCCAAAACUCAGGGAGGAACAAGAGGCAGCUCGGCGCCGGCAGCAGCGAGAAAACAAGAGUAACACGACCACCCCCACGAAGGUGCCUGAGAACAAGGCAGCUGCACCUGCGGACACCCCUGUGGAUUCUGGUGCUGAGGAAGAGAAAGUGGGGACUACCGCCAUCAAGAAGCCAUCCCCCUCCAAAGCCCGGAAAAAGAAGCUGAACAAGAAGGGGCGGAAGCUAGCCGGCCGGAAGCGCGGGCGCCCCAAGAAGAUGAGCACUGCAAACCCUGAGCGUAAGCCCAAAAAGAGCCCGACUGCACUGGACCUGCUGCGUGCCCAGACUGUGUCCCAGACGGCUGCCGCGUCGCCGCAGGAUGCAUACAAGUCACCUCACAGCCCGUUUUAUCAGCUACCUCCCAGCGUGCAGCGGCAGCCGCCUGACCAGCUGCUGCUGGCACCCACCCCGCCUGCACUGCAGAAGCUGCUAGAAUCCUUCAAGAUUCAGUACCUGCAGUUCCUGGCAUACACCAAGACCCCUCAGUACAAGGCCAGCCUGCAGCAGCUGCUGGACCAGGAGAAGGAGAAGAACGCCCGCUUGUUGGGCGCUGCACAGCAGCUGUUUGGCCACUGCCAGGCCCAGAAAGAGGAGAUCAAGAGGCUUUUCCAGCAGAAACUGGAUGAGUUGGGAGUGAAGGCCCUGACCUACAGCGACCUGAUCCAGGCGCAGAAGGAGAUCUCGGCUCACAACCAGCAGCUGCGGGAGCAGACGGAGCAGCUAGACAAGGACACCCGGGAGCUGCGCACCCAGAGCCUCCAGCUGCUAAAGGCUCGGUGUGAGGAGCUGAAGCUGGACUGGUCUACGCUGUCCCUGGAGAGCCUGCUGAAGGAGAAGCAGGCCCUGAGGAGCCAGAUCUCCGAGAAGCAGAGACGCUGCCUGGAGCUGCAGAUCAGCAUUGUGGAGCUGGAGAAGAGCCAGCGGCAGCAGGAGCUCCUGCAGCUCAAGUCCUGUGUGCCACCCGACGACGCUGUGCCUGGUCACCUUCGCGGGAAGGGCGGCUUGGGCCGUGAGCUGGAGGCGGAGCCCGGCCGGCUGCACCUGGAACUGGACUGCUCCAAGCUCUCACUGCCCCACUUCAGUAGCAUGAGCCCGGAGCUCUCCAUGAAUGGCCAUGCAGCCAGCUAUGAGCUCUGCAGUGCACUGAGCCGGCCCUCGUCCAAGCAGAACACCCCCCAGUACCUGGCCUCACCGCUGGACCAGGAGGUCGUGCCCUGCACCCCUGGCCACAGCAGCCGGCCCCGUCUCGAGAGGCUAUCAGGCCUGGCCCUGCCCGACUACACCAGGCUCUCACCUGCCAAGCUGGUACUCAGACGCCACCUGAGCCAGGACCAUGCGGCCAGCAGCAAGGCUGCCACCGGCGAGCUGCACCCACGAGCCGAGCAUACCAAGGAGAACGGCCUUCCAUACCAGAGCCCAGGCCUCACCAAUGGCAUCAAGCUGAGCCCUCAGGACCCACGGCCCUUGUCCCCCGUGGCCUUACAGAUGACAGGAGAGAAGGGCAGCGAGAAGGGUCUGAAGGAGCGCGCCUACGCCAGCAGCGGGGAGGCCAUCACCAGCCUGCCUGUCAGCAUCCCACUCAGCACCGUGCAGCCCAGCAAGCUGCCCGUCAGCAUCCCUCUGGCCAGCGUGGUGCUGCCCAGCCGUGCCGAGAAGGUGAGAAGCACCCCCAGCCCUGUGCCGCAGGCACGAGAGUCAUCGUCCACACUUGAGAAGCAGAUGGGUGCUAAUGCCCACAGUUCUGGGAGCAAAGGCCUCGCCCUUGCCCCCGCAGGCUUCUCCUACACUGGCUCAUUGGCCAUCAGCGGGGCCCUGGCAGGCAGCCCGGCCCCGCUCGCUCCUGGAGCCGAGCCCCCCGCCUUUGACGAGUCCUCUAGCUCGGGGAGCCUCUUCGCCACCAUGGGCUCCCGCAGCUCGACCCCGCAGCAUCCCCCACUGCUGGCACAGCCCCGGAACUCUGGCCCGGCCUCACCUGCCCACCAGCUGUGCGCCAGCCCCCGGCUGGGCACCGCCCAGGGCCCGCUCCCUGAUGCCAGCAAAGGGGACCUUCCCUCCGAGGCUGGCUUCUCAGAUCCAGAGAGCGAGGCCAAGAGGAGGGCCAUCUUCACCAUCUCAGCCAGCACCAGCAGCACCAAACAGUCGCCUUCCAACAAGCACAGCCCACUGCCGGUGGGCACCCGCGGGGACAGCAGCCAGAGUCACGGGCAGGACAGCCGCAAGCGGGGCAGGAGGAAGCGGGCGUCGGCAGGGACCCCCAGCCUGAGCUCGGGCGUGUCCCCCAAGCGCCGGGCCCUGCCAUCCGUCGCCAGCCUCUUCACGCAGUCUUCAGGAUCCCCUCUCAACCUCAACUCCAUGGUCAACAACAUCAACCAGCCUUUGGAAAUCACGGCCAUCUCAUCCCCCGAGAGCUCCCUGAAGAGCUCUCCUGUCCCUUACCAGGACAAUGACCAGCCACCCGUGCUCAAGAAAGAGAAGCCCCUGAACCAGACCAACGGAGCCCACUAUUCCCCACUGACCUCGGAUGAGGAGCCGGGCUCUGAGGACGAGCCGGGCAGCGCCAGAAUUGAGAGAAAAAUUGCCACGAUCUCCUUGGAAAGCAAAUCUCCUCCGAAAACCUUGGAAAAUGGUGGUGGCCUGGUGGGAAGAAAGCCACUGCCCGCCAGCGAGCCUGUCAACAGCAGCAAGUGGAAGGCCACCUUCUCGCCUAUCUCCGACCUCGGCCUGGCCAAGGCCACCGACAGCCCAUUGCAGGCCAGCUCCGCUCUGAGCCAGAACUCCCUAUUUGCUUUCCGGCCUGCCCUGGAGGAGCCCGGCUCGGCCGACGCCAAGCUGGCUGCCCACCCCAGGAAGAGCUUUCCCGGUGCCCUGUCAGGGGCCGGUGGGCUGAGCCCAAGCAGCAACCCUCCCAACGGCUUCGCCUUCAGCGGGGGCCUGGCCACUGACCUCAGUUUACACAGCUUCAACGAUGGUGCUUCUCUCUCCCACAAGGCCCCCGAGACGGCCAGCCUGGGCACUCCCUUGAGCUUUCCCGCCCCACGGGGCAAGGAGGGCGGCACAGAGCCCAGCCCCUUUGUGAACAAGAGGCAGCUGGACGGACUGGGAGGCCCAAAGGGCGAGGGGGGCAAGGGCAGGGAGGCAGAGUUGGGCCUGCCCUCUUGCACGCCCACGGACAAGGCCUCGCUGGCACACGUCAAGGCGGGCAAGGGCCGGGACCGCGAGCCUGACUUCAAGAAUGGCCACAACCUCUUCAUUUCCGCCGCCACCGUGCCCCCCGGGGGCCUUCUCAGUGGCCCGGGCCUUGCCACGGCAGCAUCUUCGGCGGGCAGUGUGGCCCCCUCUGCCCAGACACACCGGCCCUUCCUGGGCACCUUCGCCCCCGGCCCGCAGUUCUCCCUGGGCCCCGUGUCCCUGCAGGCCAACCUGGGCUCAUCAGUGCUGCAGUCUCUGUUCAGCUCCGUGCCGGCCGCCGCCGGCCUGGUGCACGUCUCGUCCGCUGCGACCAGACUGACCAACUCACACGCCAUGGGCAGCUUUUCCUCCGGGGUGGCAGGCGGCGCAGUUGGAGGUGUCUUUAACCACGCGGUGCCUUCCGCCUCCGCUCAUCCGUUUGGAGCCAGUUUCGGCAGCGGGGCUGCGUGUCGCAGCGCCACGCUGAGCUUAACCCCGCUGCAGGCGGUGGCCAGCACCCCCGCCUCUUCCUUUCAGGCCCCGCCCUCCAUGGAGCCGAGGCCGCCCCUACCCCCGCCUGCUCCGCCCCUGGGCCGGCCCCCUGCGGGACCGCCCGCCCUCCACGCCCCCCCUCCUCCUAACGCCGCCUUGCCUCCCGUUCCCGCGCUGCUCCCCGCUAACUCUGAGCCCGCGCUCCUGCAGAACCUGGCGCCCCUCCCUGCUAACCAAGCUUUCUUACCCGCCUCCUCUGCCGCCUCUCUGCCGCCUGCUAACGCCUCUCUGUCCAUCAAGCUCGCCUCCCUCCCGCACAAGGCCUCCCGCCCCUCCUUCACAGUGCACCACCAGCCCCUGCCUGGGCUGACCCUGGCCCAGGCUGCUCCUGUGAUCCCACAGGCCAGCUCCACGGGGCCGUCCGCUGUGUGGGUUUCCCUUGGCAUGCCGCCUCCUUGUGCCGCGCGCCUUACGGGGGUUAAGCCGCGAUAAAGACCUUGCUUAGCUAGCAGUUCUGUUAUGUAAGGUAACUAGGAUUUCUACCUCAACGGCGACACCUGUGCGAGGACAGGUGGGCCACGGGAACGGCGGCCGACCACCGGACAGCGGGACAGACCGAGGACGAGGCUGUGCCGUGAGUCCACGCUGCACAGAUAUGCAGGAGAUGCUGGGCCUGGCUCCAGCGUGUACUGUUGAUAGUUUUAGAUAAAGUAUUUAUCGUUUUUUAAAAAGUAUAAACAAUUUUGACUUAUUUUAUUCCACCGAAGUCAUAAAGGCAACCUAUUGAGAAAUGUAAAUACUAUAUAUGAGAGGAUCUAUAUAAAGACCUGGACCCAACGGACUGGCCGCCCGCGGAGACCCCGACAGCCGGCCCGGUGCUAUCUCACCGCCAGGCCUCGCCGCCUCCACGUUCUCUUGGUGCUGACUCGAGGUUGACCAACGCCAAAACCAGUGCUUGCUGCGCCCGCCCCGCCAUCCUGCGCUCUCCCGUACCAAAGGCACGCCUGUCUUCAGGUCAAGGGUGGUUUGCUCGCUUUCUGACGUCCCUCAGAAAAGCCCCUCUCCCCCAUCACUGUGAACACUCCCGGCCAGACUGUCAGCCCUGGAUCCUGGGACGGCUCCUUUGGUGUGGGGACGCGGGCGGUCGGCGGGCUCCCUGAUGCUACAGGAGGAGGCCGCUGUGAAUGGUGCUUGGUGGGGGGGGGGGUCUGGUACCUGUCGUCGUCGCGUGUGUCACGGAGCUGCUGGGAAACAAGUGCUUUACUUUGUACGUGCUAUCUUAGUCUUGGGCUCAUGCAGCCCAGCAAGGUGUGUGGCCGCCGGCCGGGGCAUGUGGCAGGUCAGCCGUGGGUGCCUGGUGUGUCUGUACAGAAGAGAGUCACGCUGACGAGUGACAGUAUUUUAUAGAGAUGUGAUGAAAAUUUAUAAAUUUCAUAGACUUGACUUUGUUUAUUUUUAGAUCGUAUAAUGCACAGUAAACUUAAAAGGGAGAAAGAAAAGUGAGGGGGGAAACCUUUUUAUUUAUUCAAGUGCACACAAGUGGCGUUGGCCCAGGGCCGAACACCCCUUGUCCCUCUUCUCAGCCUGUGCCACUGCUCCAUGUCUCCACUGGCCCUCCAACCCCGCAGCUGGGGUGACACCUGCCCCCACUGGAGUAGCCUCCAUGGUGCUUGGGAACCAGUUCCCCGGGGUGGGCUGGCAGGGCAGAGGCGGGCUUCGCAGGAAGGCAGGAGAGCUGUUGCCGAUGCUUCCAGAGGCUGCCAGUAGGGUUCUCGGCUCCCUCCAGCGCAGCUGUCUGUGACUAGUUCUGGAUCCUGUGUUGUCUGCAGAGUCCCUGAAAGGGCGAGUCCAGAAGCCCUCAGGACCCCAUUGUGGGAGCUCCAGAAAGGGUUAGGAGCAGGUGCAGUCAGAGCUCUGGCCUCAGGUGCUUUACCCCAGGAGGUAGCACCCCCCCAAGGAACAAAGAAGUCCUUUUUCUAAAGGUGGGGCUGUGCAAAGGGAUUUGACCUGUUCCUGGAGAAAAGGCCUGAGCCCCGCCUUCCCCAGCCUGGCCAGCAGGGCCUUCUGCCAGGUCCCUGCAUCCUGAUCCCUAGGGGCAAGACAGGCCUUGGCAGAUGGGAGGAGGGGGUGGGGGGCUGGAGUGGGGGGGCCUGGGAGAGCCCUGCCUCCUGUGUGCCCUGGGGUGGUGCCUGGCCCAGAGCAAAUCCAGGCUGAAGAUGGUGCUCGGUCAGGUUCUUGGAACCGGCUGCCCUGUAACUGCUGCCCUGGCUCCCUUCCCUGCCGGUCAGUGCACGAAGGUGCUGUGCUCACCCCAAACCCCAUGUCCCCCCCUCCCUUGUCAGGAGCACAGGGCCCCCUAAAAAGCUGCAAGGCUGACAGUAGCAAAGUCACAGCACGUGGCGAGUCCCUGGUCUGGAACUAAGCAACCGUUCUCAACAGUGCUUCUCUUCCGGACGACUGGGGUCCUUGUGUGGACUUCAUACUGACAUGCCAUAUCUGCCCCACAGCAGUUAGCACUGGGGGUCUCCGUCUGUGCCCGCCCUCAGCCCCUAGGCCCUCCUGACCAGGAGAUCGAUCGGCCACUAUUGGCUGCCAGGGAGGGGAGGCCGCAUGGCCCUAUGGGGAGCGGGUUCUGGUCUCUGUGCAGAGACCCUGUGCUGCUGUGACUGUGGGCAACUUCAGGGAAGCCCAGGGCUGCGAGGGCGCUUUGCUCAGGAAACCUAAGUCGGACGACCCUCCCAGUCAGGAGGAGCCAGCCUUCCCUUCCAGCUAUGACUCGUGACUUAUUUAAGACCCACUCACCCCUUUAUUUAUCCGCGCCGUCUGCAGUAGGAGAUUUGUUUUCUUGUCCUUUUACCACCACCCGCCACCCCCGCCAUCAUUCCCAUUCAGUCUCAACCUUGACUAUUAACUCAGAUAGGGCCCUGCCUGCUUUGUGGUUCUGGUAGACUGUCUCAGUUGGGGCGCUGGCGUGGCCUUCUUUCCCUACGGGAAUCCCACUGCACUCUGAUUUCCAUCUCUAGACUGUAAUAAAAGACUUGUUUUCACUUGAACC